CACCAUACCGGAAGAGGUCCAACCAAACCAAUGUUCAGUGUCAGCAGCAUUUGCUGCAGUGCCUUACUCUGCGAAUAAAGCUGAAGUCAGUGUGAUACCAGUCUUUCAAAAUGGUCCAUUACGAAGAAGUAAAUGUGCACGGCUAUGAGGAGUUCUGCAAGGCUGUGUCUGACAGAAAAGGGAAGGAAAUCUUUGCUUAUUUUUCGGGAACCAAAGACGAUAAAGGAACGAGCUGGUGUCCAGAUUGCGUUACAGCUGAGCCAAUUGUAAGAGGAGAGAUGAGUCACCUUCCUGACGGAUCUGUUUUCAUCUACUGUCAAGUCGGAGAAAGAGCUUAUUGGAAGGAUCCAAAUAAUGAAUUCAAAAAGACGCUGAAAUUGAGCGGAGUCCCCACUUUGCUGCGAUAUGGCACUCCUCAGAAACUGGUGGAGGAAGAGUGCUUCAAAGCAGAGCUGGUGAAGAUGCUGUUCACCGAAGACUGAAGAGUCCUUUGGCUGUUCAGACCACACAUGAAGACUUUAAAGUUUUGGUUAAUGAUAAACACAACUAUGUUUACAUUCUUCAGUUCCAGAACAUUUUUAACUAUGUGAUCCCUCUUUCUUUAGAUAACCAUUAUCCAUGAUAACCCAAAAAAUGUCAAUUAGAUUUGUACACUCUUUGUACAAUAGAUCUGUGCUCCAAUGCAGUCUGCUCUGAAUAAAGUAGGAUUGAUAAUCA